UGGAGGAGCCUUGCAAGGCCUUUUGGACGGCAGCUGAGUGCGAGGGCUCGGUACUGCCAGGACGGCUGCACACUUGAGAGAACAUCGGCCAUGAACCGCCUCCCCCGUUCUGCCCUUGCCAGCCGCAAUGCUGGUGUGCCUAUUUGUCGGGCGCCGCUGCGCCUCGUCGUCAUAGCUGCCCUCAUUCAUGCCACACUGUUCACUACUCAUCGAGUAGAGGCUGCCGACAUCACCAUCAAGCUGGCGGUGAUGUUCCCCGGCAACUGGGGUGAGUCACGAUCACAAGAAGGCACUCUCUCAAAUCUCAAUGUGUCACUUUUGGUUUGCAGGCUCUCCCAACUUCUUUCCCACACUGCUGUGGGGUCCGGGGUCCACUCAAUGGACCUACAAUAACAUUUGGGCGCCGAUGGAGUAUUUCCUCGACGGCAUCAACAACGGCAAGUGGACCACUCUGAUGCUCGGCAACCAGACGGUCGAGCUUAACAUCGACAUGUUUGAUGUCGACAUCAUCCAAUGGGACUAUCUGCCGCCCGAAUGGCUGACCGCCUUGACCAACGACACUUAUCUGGCUAUGAUCUACUUUGGCAUUCCACCGAGAUUCUUUGAGCCUUUUCGUGACCCGGAGAAGCAGGGCUUCCUGCGCAUCACUGGCUGGAGCAGCCCCGAUUAUGCCGACCAGCCACCGGGGGCCCUACAGCUGGAGAAGAACCUCGCCGUCCCCAGUCGAUUUCAGGUGUUCACAAAGAUGUUCAUCAACAGAGGCAUCACAAGGGUGGCGAUGGUCACACACGAUCCGCUCGAUAAUCUCGGCCCGUCGGCCUACACGGCGCCAUUGAUAGAGCAGCUGCAGGAGGAUGGCCUUCAGGUGGUUUAUGACUAUCGGAACAUCACGCAGACGUCCAUCACGUAUUUCGGCAACCAGACGCGGGCAGACGUGCAGCCGGCGCUCGACCAGGGGUUCAUCACUAACGAAGUCAUGUUUGCCGACCCGCUGAACAUACAGACGCUCAAGGACUAUUCAGCCGGCACGGGAAACCGUCUUGCCGAGGACCUCAUCAGCGCCAUUAUGCAGUCGAAUGCAGAGGUCUUGUUCGUCUCGAUAGAGGGCACCGACCUGGCAAACGACAAUGAGGACUACAAGACCUUCGUCCGCCUGGUUGCAGAAAGAGAGGUCAACGUCAAGGUAUGGAGGAAAGAGACAUGUGUACGGAUGGAUGGAUGGAUGUAUUACGUCGAUUCAAGCGAUGUGUGUGGCUGGUUUGCCUGUCUUGCAGGCGUGGAUAUGGAUGGAGGCGAGUCUGGAGACGGACUGGUUCAGCGACGGUCCCGGUUUCGACACCAACUUUUUGCUCGACAUCCGGGAGUUCGACCCGCGCAUCCAGCUGUUUGACGACCUGCUGCAGGUGUACACCCGGGACGUUAUCGAGGACUUCCGCAUCAGCUUCUGGAACCCAGAGGGUCGCACACUCAGCCAGAGGGACGACCAAGCCAUCCGACCACGUGAGCGAGCAUGCAAUGAAUCCAGUGCGCGAAGAGAGGAAAAAGGGGGUAGCCGUAUCGAUUUGAUCGUUUGCGUGUAGUGCAUUUCAUUGCGACGAUCGUCUCCAAGCUCUCAUUCUGGAGCGACGACAUGCAAACCAAUCGGGUGUGUCGUGACGAUAGUCCGUGUGUCUCAUUCAUUUAUGUCAGCCUCCCCGUCUCACUCAGGAUAAUGUGCGUGUGGGCUUCUACCAGCGCGUGUUCAAUACGUUCAGCGGGUCUGAGAUGCGCAUCCUGUCGGACAAUACCGUGUCGACGCCGUCGCUUGCCGCCCAGAUACAAGGCUCCGAGUGGAGGAUCGUCAGCCCAGCCACGCUGGCACAGACACUGGUGGUGCUCCCCAUGCCUACCUUCCAGUCGCGGAGAGGAUGCCCGCCGGGAAGCUUCAACACAGGUAGGGAUCGAGACACGGGUCUCCGCGAUCGAGACACGGGUCUCCGCCGAGACACGGGUCUCCGCCGAACGAAACAGGCGCUUUGCGGUGUGAGCAGGUCUUGAGUGCCGGAACUGCUCAGCCAACACAUUCAACAACCAGACCAACUCAACCAGCUGUCAACUGUGUCCAGCAGGUUGGGCAGCCGGCGUAUUAUGCGUCCUUCGGUCAUUUCUCUGUGUGUCUCUCAUGGUGUGUCAAGGUUUUGGUCAGCUGCUUGAGGGCGAGACGUCAUGCGAGAUGUGUCUACCAGGAUAUGCCAACUCUGGCAACUCGAUCCUUGGCUGCGUCAUCUGCCCGGCCGGCACGAAUGCGUCGGAGCCCGCCUCGACAUCUUGCUCGCGAUGCCCGCGGGCCUACUACCAGAACGAGACGGGGGCGACCACGUGCAAGAACUGUAGCACGAGCAGGACAACCGACAACCUGGGAAGCACAUCCGUCAAGCAAUGUGUGUGCAAGGAGGGCUACUAUUUCUCAGGUCAGCGGCCGAGUCAGAUGGAUGCACUGAUACUGCUGAUUGAGCUGAUUGAUGCAGGGAUAUUUGAGAACGGCUUCGACGGACGUGAGUUGGACAGCAUGGACUUGCCGCAGACCGACAUUCCUCCAGGCAGCUGCAGGAGAUGCAACCCCCGACUGUAUAAGUGCAGAGGUGCGCAGGCACGCGAGCAAAGAGAGACAGACGGUACGCCGCAAGUCACGCUCUCUUGCACACGUGUCUCAGGAAGGUUCGAGCAACCGAUGGUAACAUGAUAACAAACAUUGACCGCAAAGAAUGCAUCCUGCCGCGCGCGCGUGUGUCUGCUUUUGUGUGUUUGAGUAGGCUAUGGAAGGCUUCUACAUCGAGGGAUACACCAUAAGAGACAGAAACGACUUCCCGUAAGCCAAACAAUCACACACGAAUACAGAGGCCUGCAAAACGCCGGUGAUUGCAUAUCAGGGUGACCUAUGAAUGCAAUCCUCGAGAGGCAUGUACGCAUAGACGCACACCCGUAGAGAGGGAAUGAUGUUUGCCGCUGCCAUGUGUGUUCCACAGGCCCCGGUGGCGAGCCGCGCAGCUGCAAGAAGCACCGAACCGGCCUUGUGUGCGGCAGAUGCAAGAAGGGAUAUUCCAAAGUACACACCAAGAGAGACGCCAUAACACAGGCAGAUAGAUGAUCGAUUAUGGUCUCUGCAUUGUACGAACGCAGUCGAGAAAUGGUGACUGUACCAAGUGCACUUUCAGAGGGUCGCCUGUCGUCCUGCUGACCAUCUUACUCAUCGGUGACCCAGUAAAAGAAGCAAUCCGGCACACGCAGGCAUUGCCCUUUUCCCCCUCCCUGCAGUAAUGCUUCCAGUAGCGGGAUUAUUCUACUCGAAGACGAGCUAUGAAGACCCCAAGAGACGAGCCAGUCAAGCUUUGGAUCAGUCGAGCCAAAGCGCCACGACAGCCAAGAGCGACAAGGGGGCGGACGACCCAGACAAGGCGUUUCUGAUCGUUCUGUCCUUCGCACAACACAUCGGCAUCAUCAGCAGCUUCAACCUCAAGCUGGAGAUUCAGGUGCUGACGCUCCUCAGCAUUCCAAGGUGGGUGCGUGGGAGCGGGGCGUGGUUGACGGUUUCCAUCCUCCUCUCUUUCUCUUGCCCUUUCUCGUCUGCUCGUGCAGGCUGUUCAUGCUUGAUGCCAGCAUUGUGGGUCUGUCGUGGUGAGAGACGUGGGAUUGGGGCAACACAACGGAGAGAAGAGCGUGUUUGUUGUCUCUGUAUUCGUGUUGUAGCUGGGGGCUCGAGUCGUUCGGCUCUCAGCUGAUGCUGGUGUCGUCCAUCCCCUUCUUGUUCGUCGUGGCGAUCACAAUCGUCCACUUCGGAUUCGAGGCAAUAUCACUAACCAACUGAUCCAUUGCAUGCAGUCCACGUUAGUAUGCAUGUUCAUGUCUCCAGGCGUUGCUGCGUUACGGCGACAAGUGCGACUGCAUGAACCCAAGCCUCAUCCGAGGGGGGAGGCGGACGGCCUGGCUGCUGUGGUUCAGAAGACAAUUCAUCGAUGGCACACACGGGCUGGGGCUCAUCAGAGUGAGGAUAAGCCAACCGCCAACUGUUGAAUCGCACAUCGUCCUUGACAUCAGAUUCUGGCCACGGCCGCCCAAGUGAGCUCGUUCCUGUAUGUGGCCCUGACAUCGAUCGCAACCACACACGUCGACUGCUUUAGAGUGAGCCAACAGACCACGAAAUGUGCUCACCGGCCGCAAUCAUUUUGUGUGAAAUGCCAGCAUCCGUCGGGCGACUCGACUGUGCGAACUCACCCAUACGUGAUUUGUGACUUCACAUCGGUACGUCGCCAGCCAAAAGACAGUCACAUGGCACGUCUGAGUGGAUGCAUCGAAUUGCAGAAGAGGGGUCAGGAGUGGCGAGACCAGAUUUGGCUCUCAGCCGGAGGUACCUUGACUGGCCACACGUCAAGGUCUCUCCUUUCUGUGUGCCUGCUCUUCUCAUGCAGCCAUAUUCCUGUACAUCGUGAGUCCGUACGUUGCGUCCAUCGUCAUCUCAUUCAAGAUGUCAAACAUCAUUGAAAAGACGAAAAGCAAAGGCGGCGAAAUCGAUGGUCCGUCGGCUGAAUGGAGGCACACACACUCACUCACAUACACACACACAAACCCUGUCUGGUGUGCAGAGUUUGAUCAGAUCUUCAAGAGUGCGUUUCGCUAUGUGGUCGGCAAGUACAGACACGGCAUGGUCUGGUGGGAGUGCAUCUGGAUGGUGGGCGAGACACACACACACAUACACAUCCUUGCUGUAGGACCGCUGUCUGUCUGGCUGUCUGUUCAUUUGUCUCACCCAGGCGCGCAACAUGUCGCUGGCUCUGUCGACUGUGAUCGUACCCAACAUCGGACAGGUGGUCGACCCACGAAAUCGGCACUGGGUAGCAUGAAUGGCUCUGUUGUUUGCAGCUGCAGUUGCUCUAUUACGGUGUCAUCUUGACGUUCUAUGCCUUCGCAUCGAUGACUUUUUCGCCGUGGCGACGCACCGCCAAUAGCAAACUGGACAUCGCACUCACUGUAGGGGAGAACGCCGAGAAGCACACGAGAUACAAUCACCUUGUCUGUGUGUGCAGGUGCUGCUGAUGCACAUCGUCACGCUGAUCGGACUCUUCUAUACCUUUGACCUGGUCAGGAAGCAAACCUGAAAGGGCAGAAGGGAGAGAAAGACACACAUGUUCUGUGUCUCCUGGCCGACUGAUUUGGACCGCUCAGCCUGAUGAUAUCAAUUCUCGCGUCGCACGCCACGCAGCAGGUAUAUGACCAGACCAAAAGGAGAGAGACACAUGCAUCAUCCCACGUCACCCUCUCACUCAGGCAUAUUGCUGUUCAUCGAUUUGCUCUUGAUCGUGCCGUUUGUGUGGAUGAUGGGCUCCCGCGGCGCCCACCAGUCCGCCAAGGGCCUCCCAGGCUUUUUUAUCAACUCCAAGUGGCUGUCACUCAUGACUUCUCCACACACGAAAUCGAGUGUGCAGCACACCAUCAUCGACGCCAGCAGCGGCGGCCACUCGGCGCGCAUCGGCGGGUCUGUCGUGUCGGCCAGGACGGACCACACAGAGGUUCACCAGCACAUUCAGGUCGAGAGCGGCAUGCGCCCGUCCGGCGUGUCCAUUAUGACACCGGAUGAGAUCGUUCCCUACCACGAGAGGGAAAGGCGGAAACACAGCAGCAAGGGCGGCAACCGCAAAGGCAGCAGAGGGCGAGCGUCGCGGGUGUCCAUCAACACCGACGUGGAUGACCUCCACGGAUCACCACCACCGGUGGACGAACAAAAGGGAGAGGGAGAGGGAAGCGACAAUUCUCUCAGCCCCCGCCCACCGCCCCAGCCACGCAUGAGCGACAUGGGCCCAUCGCCACACGACAUCAGCGAUGGUGGCCAGCGGCGAAGCUCUGCGUUCUCGUCCUGUUUGCUCGAUGAAGAUGAGGGGGACUCUGCCAGCAAUGCGGACCACGGCGGCCCACACGCGGGCGACACUUACAGACAGGGGAGGAGGGACUCUGAUUGGGAGGGCGACAUCUCAGAGAGGGCCCAUGUACUCGCAAUGAACGACAGAACGGUAUGCAUGCACAUGAUGGAAUGGCCAGAAACACAGACACACAAGCGUCCGUGUCUGUCUCUGUCUGUAGGUGUCGUUGGGUCUGCUGGGCUUCGAGACGCAGCUGCAUUCCAGCAGCAAGUACACCCACGGCUCAGAUCGGCUGAGCGUGGGUUCUGGUGGGCCUGCCUUUGAGACCAAGCUGAUGACCGAGACGGUCGAGCUGAACCCACCGCGGACAGUGGAGACUCACAUGCACCCAUGGCAAGGCCGCUAACCUCUUGCCUGCCUGCCUGCCUGCGUCUUGUUUGUGUUGGGGGUCUGGUGCGUGUGUAUGGUGGGCCG